AAUAUUCAUUAGGCACCAGCGAACACCACUAGGCGGCGGUGUGAUCCCUCACAGUCUUGAAGCGCUCUAAGAUCAUAAUCAGGCGAAGAAGAAAAUACUGCCAUCCACAACGUGAGAGCCAUGCCGAAAUCCAAGAGGGACAAAAAAGUUUCAUUGACAAAAACAACCAAGAAGGGGUUGGAAGCCAAGCAGAAUCUGAUUGAAGAGCUGCGGAAAUGUGCAGACAUCUACAGAUACGUGUUUGUGUUCUCAGUAGAAAACAUGAGAAACAACAAACUAAAAGACAUCAGGACGGCCUGGAAACACAGCCGGUUCUUCUUCGGUAAGAACAAGGUCAUGAUGAUCGCGCUGGGGAAAGGACCGACAGAUGAAUAUAAAGAUAAUCUACAUAAAGUGAGCAGGUUUCUCAGAGGUGAAGUAGGUGUUUUGUUCACAAACAAAACCAAAGACGAGGUUCAAGAAUAUUUCAGUAGCUUUAAAGAGGUGGAUUACGCCCGAGCGGGUAACGUAGCGUCUAUGGCUGUGACGCUGGAUGAGGGUCCGCUGGAGCAGUUUCCACACUCGAUGGAGCCUCAGCUCAGACAGCUGGGCCUUCCUACAGCUCUGAAGAAAGGUGUGGUGACACUGAUCAAGGAUUUUGAAGUGUGUAAAGAGGGAGACACACUCACACCUGAACAGGCUCGAAUUCUGAAACUCUUUGGAACAGAAAUGGCGGAAUUCAAAAUAUCAGUUAAGUGCAUGUGGAAUUCUGAAUCCGGAGACUUUGAAAAGCUGACGGACGAUGACAGCGAUGAGACCAAGAAAGAGGAAACGGAUGAAGACGAAGAAGGAAGCGAAUAAAACCUGGACACAAGCAGUGGACUUUUUUUAUAAACAUUCAUCGUGUUGAUCCAACAUAAAACGUUGUCAUGGUUUUAUUGAGUGUUUUUCAGUGAGCUGUGCAUUACUAUCAGUCAUCUGCACACUGUUCAGUUUCUAUUUUCAACAAAUAAAGUUUAGUAUGACUACUGAACAGAGAGAAACCAACUGAGACAAACAGGUGAUCUCUUUUAUUCUUUUUGUUAAAUGUAAGUUAUUUUAGCAAGUUUUUGGUAAGAAAACAGUUGUUCAUCAAAAUGCCACGAUCACAUUUAUUUGUAUUGCAUUCUCUUGUAAACAUGUAGAAAAAUCAAGCGUUUGUGAGCUCAGAGAUGUUUCAUUUUGUUCAUUGUGUUUAUUAGGAAACUGUAGGCUUGUCCAACUCAGAUAUCAUGGUUCACUCACAAAAUAUGAGCAAAGAAAAAAUAAAGAUCUCUGUAUUCUU